CUCCCCGCCCUGCGCGGCGGCCCCGGCGCUGCCGCCGCCGCCGCCGGCGGGGGUACUAUGCUCACGCGGGUGAAGUCCGCCGUGGCCAAUUUCAUGGGCGGCAUCAUGGCUGGCAGCGCGGGCGCCGACCACGGCAGCGGCGCGGAUUUGCCCCUCCGCUUCCCCUACGGGAGACCCGAGUUCCUGGGACUGUCCCCGGACGAGGUGGAGUGCUCCGCCGACCACAUCGCCCGCCCCAUCCUCAUCCUCAGCAAGGACACCCGGCGCCUGCCCUGGACCACGGGCUACGCGGAGGUAAUAAAUGCAGGGAAGAGCACGCACAAUGAAGAUCAAGCCAGCUGUGAAGUCCUCUUUGUCAAGAAGAAAGCUGGAGGAAGUAAUUCUACACCAAACAAGAACUCCUCAACAAAACGGAGGUCAUCGCUGCCCAAUGGAGAAGGUCUCCAGCUGAAAGACAAUUCAGUAAGUAAAUUUCUGUAUCUUGUCAGUGGAGAAAUUCAAAAUAAUAUAAAAGGGUUUCCACCUCAACCUGAGGAAGUACUUCAUCACGCUGAGGGCGGCAGAACACUGGGACAGGCUGCCCGGGGAGGUCAUGGAGUGUCCCUCUCCGCAGGCAUUCCAAGCCCACCUGGUUCCCGGAGGCGGCCCUGCCUUGGCCUGCGGCUCGAGUGGGUGUCCGCGGCGGUGCCGCUGCGCGCAGCCGCCGCCAGGUGGCAGGAGCGGCCCGCGCCGGCUCCGGGCAGGCGAGGCGGGCGCUGCCUGUGGGGAGCCCGGCCCGGCCUCGCCCCGGCCCGCGGCUCCCCGGGCUCCGUGCGGAAAGCCGCCCUGCUCGCCCUCACCUGCUCGGAUUUGCAAAUAGAGCGAGAGAGGACUGUGUAUAACAUUUCUGGUGGCUGCACAGCUCUGGUGGUGGUGUAUUUGUUGGGGAAGCUUUAUGUGGCAAACGCUGGUGAUAGCAGAGCCAUAAUAAUCCGAAAUGGCGAAGUCAUUCCAAUGUCUUCAGAAUUCACUCCAGAAACUGAACGCCAGCGACUUCAGUAUCUGGCUUACAUGCAGCCUCACUUGCUGGGAAAUGAAUUCACACAUCUAGAGUUUCCACGGAGGGUGCAGCGCAAGGAAGUUGGAAAGAGGAUGCUGUACCGUGACUUCAACAUGACUGGCUGGGCAUACAAAACCAUUGAGGAAGAUGACUUGAAGUUUCCCCUUAUAUAUGGAGAAGGCAAGAAGGCUCGGGUUAUGGCAACAAUUGGAGUGACCCGAGGACUGGGAGACCAUGACCUGAAAGUGCACGACUCCAAUAUAUACAUCAAACCUUUCCUGUCCUCAUCUCCUGAGGUGCGAGUCUAUGACCUCCUGCAGUACGAGCAUGGGCCAGAUGAUGUCCUGAUCCUAGCUACUGAUGGACUCUGGGAUGUGCUAUUAAAUGAAGAAGUGGCAGAAGCUGUCACUAACUUUCUACCGAACUGUGACCCUGAUGAUCCCCACAGGUACACGCUGGCGGCGCAGGACCUGGUGAUGCGAGCCAGGGGAGUGCUGAAGGACCGGGGCUGGCGGAUAUCCAACGACAGGCUGGGCUCCGGAGACGACAUCUCUGUCUACGUCAUCCCUUUGAUCCACGGGAACAAACAGUCCUGAAAGGAGCACCAAGACUGGUUAUAGGACGGGGAUCUUUUUGGGAAGGGCCUGUAAGAGACAAUAGGUUUUUGGUGGUCUGACCAGGACAUUUCCAGUUGAUGUAAUCUAGUCAUAACUAAUGCUGGAGGGGUAUUUUUCUGCCCAAAAGGUAGGUUUCUGCACAUAUACUGUAUAUGAUAAAAGUAACCCUUAAGAUUCCAAUUUCCCUACAGAAAGGUUUUGGUGCUUAACAGGAAUGGGAUUUAAAUGCUGCUAGCAUAUUAUGAAUUCUGUCAUCCCUCUAGGUGGGGUGGGGAAUUAAUUUUUUUUUCUCAGUUUACCAUGUAGCUUGGAAGAGCCAUUUCAGUUGUGAAAGUAGAAGUGGGUAUCAGAAGCCAAGGAGGCUCCUGAAAUCUACCCCCAAAUAUUCAGAAGUGGGCUUGGGUCACAUCUCAUUUAAGAAUGUAGAUAUACAUAUAUGAGACUCAAGAGUUUUCUUUCAGAAAGUUGUAUUCAUGACUUAUCUAUGAACAACUUCAAACUUGUGUAAUCCUUUGAGCCCCCAUUUUCCUCUCCUGUCUCUUCUUCAGUAGACUAUGCCUCCUGUAUUUUAGUAGGAAAACUGAAAUUGGUUUCAGUGUAACUAUGCCUGUUUACUGCAGCUAAAAACAGUCACCUGCAAAGUUUUCCAGGAGAAAUAGGUCACAGUUCUGUAUGGCAGAAUUUAUUCUGGAGUGAGGAGUUACUCGUCAAGAUUUCUUGUUGUGUGUAUACCAUGAUUAUUCAGAGCAUGCAAACUCAGCUUUAUGUGAUGUUUACCUGGAGGCUGUGGUUUCUUUGGGAUCAGAGAUUUACAUUCAUUGAAUGGUUCUGCCUGCUUUAUCCUGUUGAAAGGAUCCCUGACCAUAAAAUUUUUCAUCAGUUGAGAUUUAGUGAAUUUGUUUGGGCUCCUGAGUGUGUUUUCAGUUGGACUUCUACUUGAAGUAGUGGUAUUGGUCUCAUUCGCAAUUUGGAUACACAGAUAGUGAUCUAUUUCAAAGGUGUUUCAGUUCUUCCUGCCUCAUUUAUUAUUCAGCCUGUUUGACUGCAGUGAUCAGAAGGGGACAGCUUAAAACUUUCUGUCCUCUUGGCAUUGAAAAUUGUACUCAAGGAUCAUGAGAUGACUGUGAUAGAUACAAGCCCUUGGCUUGCUUCAGCUCUUUUCUUAGCAGUGAUAAUUUAAAUAAAGAAAAUCUGUGUAAAACA